AACGUCAGUCAAGUGACACCUCAGCAAUAUGGUCGCUAUCAAAUUAUUACUUUUGACAAUUUUAACCUGUGUCUACGUAUCAAACGGUGUUAUGAGAAUAAUAUCGACGGAACUGGUAGGACCUGAACGUGAAGCUGCUAUAGAACGGUUACAUACUGGUCUGCACUAUGUAUAUCUUGCUGGUGGUCCUGAAUACAGAGUGUUGAAAGUGCGUAAAAUAAUUCGAUACCUAAGGACUGAUUAUCCCGUGGAUAUUUACGAUGUGGAUCUGGUUGAUAGAAACAAUAUCAGCAAAUGUGAAGUCAGAAUCAGCUUAGUGGGUAAAAGCAUUAGGAUCGUGUGUAAUGGAAAUCUGGAAAUUCGAGCCAAAUACGAGCCAACUGUUGGUCCUUUGAACUAAACCAAUAUAUUUUUUUAUUUUUUGAUAUAUACAUUUUAAUUUUUUAAACUGCAGAUAAAAUAUAUUAAUCAAAAUCUAAUAAUGAAUUUGUACUUGUCAAGAUAAAUAACAAAAUUACGUUAAAAAAUAAAA